GAUUCGAACGUGCGGCGCAGGCGCGCGCGGCCUGAGGAGACGAUGUGGCGGGUCGUGCUGGCGGUUGGGCUGGGCGCGGCGUUCGAGGCGGUGCUGGGCUGGCUGCUGAGGCGUCGGCGGCCGGCGUCGGCGACGGCGAGCGAGGUCAUCUUCUUCCCCUCGAGGGUGACCUGCACGGAGGAGUUGCUAGCCGGGGCGCCCUGCGCGUGCCCGCUGCCUCACGGCGAGAGCGCGCUGGGCCGCCUGCUGGUGCGCGUGCUGGCGGCGCGGCGCUCGCUCGACCUCUGCCUCUUCGCCUUCUCCAGCCCGCAGCUCGGCCGCGCCGUCGUCCUCCUGCACCGCCGCGGCGUCCGCAUCCGCCUCGUCGUCGACGCCGAUUACAUGGCGCUGCGCGGCUCGCAGAUCGGGCCGCUGAGGAAAGCCGGGAUUCAGGUACGUCACGAUCAGGACAGUGGCUACAUGCACCAUAAGUUUGCCAUCGUGGACAAGAAGGUGCUGAUCACGGGCUCUUUGAACUGGACCACCCAAGCAAUCCAGACCAACAGAGAGAACGUGCUGGUGGUAGAAGACCAGGCUUUGGUGAACAUCUUUCUAGAAGAAUUUGAAAAGAUUUGGGAAAACUACAAUCCUGUUAAUUAUACAUUUUUCUCUAAACAUGAGAAAACCGGGAUUGAAAAUGGAUAAAGUUAAUUCUGGGACAAAAAUAUACAGCAUGGCAAAAAAAAAAAAAAAAAAAAGUUUGGGAGCAUUUGGUUCAAAAUUUCUCAUGUUGAGAACGACAUAAUUAUCUUAAAAGAUAAGCAGCAAGUCGGGAAAUACACAAGCAGUGUACUCUUUUAAUUGUUUAGUAAAUUUACUUUCCAAGGAAUAGAACUUGAAAUAGGCUUUAUUAAGAAGGGAUAUAAAGCUGCAUUAUUGCAGAACAGAAUGCAAAGAUGGAAUUGUAUGCUGAUCUUUAUAAGCACAUUUCCUGCAUGUGGGACAUGAACAUUCUAAGAUGUUGCCUUUAACCUCUGUGCUUAUGCGGAAUCAGAUCUCGCAUCUGAAUUGAAAAAGAGAAAAGGCUCAGGAAGGCCCAAGAACCACUAUCUGCUUUUAUUUUCCAAAAGACCAGUAAAGUUGAGAGUGCUGAAUUUCUAUUAUGCGUUGCUUGUUUGAUUUGAAUCCUGGAACAUAAGAACUUGGCAGCAGAAUACGGAGAGAGACAGAACCAUUGCCCUGCAUGGUGUAUUGCACUAGAAGCAACAUCCAGCCAGAAGUAUGAUCCCAGUUUAAAUAUUUCAGUUUAAAUAGUUCUUUAUGUCAAAGGAUAUUAGGACUGGUGGAUUUUGCUGUUACUUCAAACUGUAUUACUGAUGAAAAAGAUUGCAAGAGAAUUCUUGGAAGAAAUGGAAGUAACUUAAUGCAUGAACACCUUGAAUACGUUGUCAGGUCUUGUUUGUUUAGUUUUUUUCAAUGAUUAAAGCUGUGGUUCCAGA